AUGACUUUUACAACUGAAGAAACCAGCGAUUUUGAUACUUCUAUGUAUUACAUACCAAAACCAUUAGACUUACCGAUAUCGACUGAAAAACAAUCAUUAUCGUCGCCUCAACCAAAAAUGACUGCUGCCGAAGAGGAGGAAGAUUUUAUUAAGAAUAAUUAUGUAGCAAAAACUUUACUGGCUAUACCAGAACUACCUGCCAUAACUUGGUCGAACUGGUACACACAAAUCGAUUGGGUUAAAGUAAUAGUACUUUAUAGUGAACCAUUUAUCGGCAUCUAUGGUGUCUUUACUACGCGUUUUGUAUGGCAGACAACUGUUUUUGCUAUUGUAUAUGGUUUACUCACUGGACUCGCCAUUACUGCUGGUUAUCAUCGUCUCUUCGCUCAUCGUGCAUAUCAAGCAUCUUUACUAUUACGAUAUAUAUUAGUAACGUUAGGUGCUGGUGCUAUGCAAGGAUCUGUUAAAUGGUGGGCACGUGGUCACCGAGCUCAUCACCGUUACACGGAUACUGAUCUUGAUCCAUAUAGCGCACAUCGAGGUCUUUUUCAUUCUCAUAUUGGAUGGUUGAUGUUUAUCUCAAAUCGAAAUUGCGCCGACACUGAUACGGCUGAUCUAGAUAAUGAUAAAACUGUUCAAUGGCAAUUCAAAUAUCUUACUGUCUUAAAUAUUUUCAUGGGUUAUAUUGUCCCUGUUUUUAUCUGUGGACUCGGAUGGAACGAUUAUCGAGGUGGCUAUUUUUUUGCCGGUGCACUUCGCCUUUUUUUGAUUCAUCAUGCAACAUUCUGUGUCAAUUCAUUAGCUCAUUAUUUAGGUGAUGCACCUUUCGAUGAUCGACAUACACCUCGAGAUCAUUUUAUUACAGCUCUUGUCACAUUAGGAGAAGGUUAUCAUAAUUUUCAUCAUGAAUUUCCGUCCGAUUAUCGUAAUGCACUUGAAUGGUAUCAAUAUGAUCCUACCAAGUGGGCAAUAUGGCUUUUCGAAAAACUUGGUCUCGCUACUAAUCUUAAGAGAUUUUCUAAGAACGAAAUUCAAAAAGGACGUUAUGGUAUGAUGCAAAAAGCAUUGAAUAGAUUUGGAAAAACAAUUGUAUGGCCUAAAGAUAACGCAAUGUUGCCUAUAAUUUCAUUUGAAGAAUACCAAGAGUUAGCAAGUAAAGAUGAUGGUCGUCAGCUUAUUCUAAUUAGUGGUUUUGUUCAUGAUGUUAGCAAUUUUAUUGAUACACAUCCAGGUGGUAGAGCACUACUUAAAAGUAGAAUAGGUAAGGAUGCUACAGUAGCAUUUCAUGGUGGUGUACAAAAUCAUAGUACUGCAGCACACAAUACACUUGCUAUGAUGCGAGUCGCCAUUUGCAAGUAUGGUGGCGAAGUAGAACAUUUGAAGAAGAGAUUAGGACACGAUUUUACACCAACUCCUAUCUUAACUUAG